AUGAAACUUCCCCAGCCAGAAAUAGAAAUUUACAAAUCGGAAAAAUCCGGGACAGGUGCGGAUGACAUCUAUAAACCUACGUUGUGGUACUUCGACCUGCUGCAUUUUUUUAGAGACCAGGACUCUGCAAGACCUAAUACGAGUACAAUGAGUGAUGCGGAUCAAGAAACACAAGAAGAUAUAUAG